AUGUCGCUGGAAAGAGGGAUAGAAGACUUGAAAGUUUUGAACGAAGAAAAGAAUGUGGAUGAUUCCGAUUCCGAGAGUAAUUUUGUUCCAUUGUUCACAGAAGAUGAAAAAAAUGAAAGUAAUGUUUGUCGUGCUGGAUCGGUUAACGUUCUACAUUUUCAGAAUUCUGCUGAAGCAACACUGUAUAAUUUCAGGAAGGAAUGGAAGUCAGAAUUAGAUUCUCGAUUGAAGGAAUCGAGUUCGGUGUCAAUGGAAACUAGAAGCAGGAAAGAACAAUCGUUGCACGAUGCUGCAACAAAGUUGUUCUUGGAAGGUGUAGACUGCGAGAGACGAGGCGAUAUGUGGGAAGCAGUCCAAAGAUACAUGGGCGCUGUACGUAUGGUUCCCGAUAUUGAAUCGAAAUUGUACAAAGAUCGUAUUUUAUCGAACUCAAUAGGGUCCAGUGAUUGCCAGCGUUCUCGUUCAAGAUCUCAUUAUGGUUUUCAUGAUUUAGAAAAGAUUCUGCAUAAACGACUGGUUGACGGGGGGAGAUUUUUUGAACCGGAAUUUCCGGAUGAACCUUGUCCAAUUGCGCUUUUACCUGUGGAAUUACUUUCCAUACUGAUACGGUACGUUGUCGGGAGCGAGCUUGACGUGUAUUGUCUAGAAUUGCUGUCGAUGACUUCAGCUGGAUUUUAUCUUCUUGCGCGUGACGGAGAACUGUGGCAUGCAAUAUGUCGUCUAACUUUUGGCGCGAAGUAUUUUAACUCGGUUUCAUUCACCACGUCAUUGAGUUGGCGUCAGAUACCUUGGCAUAUAGUCAUCUAUUAUCGGAUGCUGAGAUUUUUUGCAGAUGGUACAGUUAUUAUGGUUAUCACAUCUGAAGUGCCAGCACAAGUUGUGGGACUUUUGAAAUCAAAAACCCCUCGUUUAGCUGGAGUUUUUUUUGGUCAUUACUGGAUGGUGAGUCAAGAUCGUAUAGCAGCACAGUUUCAUCGUCACAAUGAAAAAUCGCUUCAGCGGACGCGACGUAUCCACAAAUCGCUUCACCCGUUCUUGCCCUAUGAAAUAUUGGAUCAGAAAUUCGAAAUGGAAUUACAUUUUGGAGAUGGAAUAAAGCGACGAGCUCACUGUGUGCUACUUUUGAAUAUAAUUGUACAGUAA